AGUAUCUACACAUUCUUGCCAUUCGAUUCCGUGCCUGUGAAUCGAACGAUAAAAGAUGGAUUAUUAUUUGUGAUACUUUAUUGAACAUUAAUUAGUUGUGGAAAACUUGUGAUACGAUUAAAGAGCCAAACAGAUUGCUUUCGUUGAUAAUCUCCAAAGGAUUUUAAAUACUUCUCGAAGAAAAAAGCAUGCCGAGCUGGAGCGUGACGAAUGCCUUUCGCGUACUCACACGCAAGAAGCCGCUGGAGGACUCGAAUGAAUCGAAACUUGCCAAGGUCUUGUCAGCCUUUGAUCUCACAGCCCUCGGCAUUGGGUCAACGCUGGGCGUGGGUGUCUAUGUCCUGGCUGGCGAAGUGUCCAAGCAGGUUGCUGGCCCCGCUGUGGUCAUCAGCUUUCUGAUUGCUGCGAUCGCCUCGAUAUUCGCUGGCCUCUGCUAUGCGGAGUUCGGAGCCCGUGUUCCCAAGGCGGGCUCUGCCUACAUCUACAGCUAUGUGACCAUUGGCGAGUUCAUCGCGUUCCUCAUUGGAUGGAAUCUCAUACUCGAAUACGCAAUUGGUUCCGCCAGUGUCGUCAAAGGGCUUAGCACGUAUCUGGACCAGCUGUGUGGGAACCCGAUGAGCAGCUUUCUGGGCACCCAUUUGCCCAUUAAUAUCCAGGGCAUGGGCGCCUAUCCGGACCUGUUCGCCUUUGUGGUCACGAUACUGUUCUCGCUGGCCAUUGCCGUGGGCGCCAAGGAGUCGACGAGGGUGAACAAUGUCUUUACCAUUCUGAACUUGGGCGUAGUUCUCUUUGUGAUCAUCGCAGGUCUCUUCCAUGUUUCCAGGAGCAACUGGGCCAUACCGAAAUCUUCUGUGCCCGAGGGAUACGGCGAUGGUGGCUUCAUGCCAUACGGCGUCUCGGGCAUUAUUAAGGGGGCCGCAGUCUGCUUUUACGGCUUCAUUGGCUUCGAUUGCAUCGCCACCGCGGGCGAGGAGGCCAAGAACCCGAAGAAAUCCAUUCCAUUUGCUGUAAUUGUGUCCCUGGCCAUGAUAUUCCUCGCCUACUUUGGCGUUUCUUCGGUGCUAACCAUGAUGCUGCCCUACUACGAGCAGGAUGAGAAGGCCCCACUGCCGCACGUCUUCAGGAUCAAUGGCUGGCAUGUGGCCGAGUAUGUGGUCAGCAUUGGCGCAAUGUUUGGCCUGUGCUCCAGUAUGAUGGGUGCCAUGUUCCCACUGCCUCGCAUUGUCUUCGCCAUGUCCAACGACGGACUGCUGUUCCGGUUUUUGGGCGACAUUAGCGAAAAGUACAAAACUCCCUUCAAAGGAACCAUGAUUACCGGCCUGUUGACUGGCAUUCUGGCCGCCGUCUUCAAUCUCAGCCAGCUGGUGAACAUGAUGUCGAUUGGCACCUUGCUGGCCUACUCCAUGGUGGCCAGCUGUGUCCUGAUGCUGCGUUACGAAGUGGAUGAUCGUCGAGAGAGUCGCAUCGUUGGCAAUGGUCGCGCGAUAUCUUCCGCUGACCACGAUCAACCCUGUGGCCUCUGGCGACGUCUCUUCAAUUCCAAAGGCUUGACCGUAUCCACCAAGCAAACAUCGAGGAUUGUCACCGUGAUGGUGACUCUGUUCUCUCUGUGGUGCUUUGUCUUCUCCCAAAUUCUUACCAAAUUCGAAGAGGAUCUGGCGAAUGUCACCCAUUCCGAUGGCAUUGCCUUGGUGCUGGGUGCCAUACCUUUGGUGGUCAUGCUAGUGAUCAUCUCGCGUCAGCCGACAUCCGCUGUGAAACUCUCCUUCACGGUGCCCUUGGUGCCGUGGCUCCCAGGCAUAUCCAUCUUGAUCAACAUCUACUUGAUGAUCAAACUGGACAUACUCACCUGGGUGCGUUUUUGUAUUUGGCUCAGCAUAGGUCUGGCAAUCUUUCUGGCCUACGGCAUCCGCCACAGCCGCUUGCGGCAGAGGGAGCAGCGCAACAAUUCCAUAGCCAUGAUGCGCGAUUGCAGUGAAUCAGCCCUGCUUGGCCAGGAGAACUCAAAAUACAGCAACGAGGUGCCGCUGAUAUUGAUGCACAGCACAUCUUGAGCAUGCAACGCAAUGCAAUGCACGAUGAUAUUUAAUAGCUCACACAUUUAUCACACAUCAACAUUCAAGACACAUUUUAUUUGCCUGCAGGAUCUGCUUUUCUCUGUACACAUGCACAAUAUCCUCGCCGUCAACAUUCAUACCAUAGCAUAAGAGACCAAAUAUUAUCGAAAGUACAAUAAGUUAGCUGAAAGCAAUAAACUAAACAAAGAAAACACA